AGUGAGCGCUUCACAACGGGGCUGGAGCACGGGGAUGCGCAUAAUGUAAAUCUCAGCUCUGAGGUCUCUCUGUCUCAGUCUUCGUUCAGACUGGCAGCAUUUCCCGGAGUGUCUUAGGUGUUGAAAGACUAAACCAAAGGAUCUGUGAUUGAGUACAGUUGGUAUCCCGACGUCGGAGCUGGAGCCCUGUGACUCCUGAGCUAAUUGCGUGGGUGCUUCAGGGAUUACAACGAGGAGCAUCUCCUCCAAGCGAAGAGGAGAGACGGACUUACGGGGCUCUUUACGAGAAGUGUGGUGCUGCGAUUCAGUGGACCAGCCUUUACUUGCAAACUCUCGUUGGGAUCCUGAAUAAGAGAGCCACAGCUCUUAUGAAAAUGGUUCUUCUUUAGGAAAGGGCGUAGAGACAAUCGAUAAAUACCAUUGAUAAUAUCAUUUGGACAAUGGAAUCAAUGAAAUAGACUAGCCUACUAUUUUCUCUGAUCAUCCAAUUCCAUGAAGAGGAAAAACAGCCUUCUGUUUAAUAACUCGAUCAAAGAUUCUCAUAUUCAAGGGAGAACAUUCCAUUCACAAGCAAUUGGAUGAGAGUCUUAUUUGCCCUUGGCAACUGAAGAUGAUGUUACUAUGGAAACAACUUGUGCUGCUAUCAAUCAUUGGUUGCCUUGCAGCUCAUGCACAAGAUUUCCUGUUCCAAGGGCCAAGAUGGAGGACGGAGCCCAGUGACCUCAUUCUACCCAUCAACUCCCCUUACCAGGAAACUACCAUUAGAUGUGAGGCAGAGGGGAACCCCUCCCCACAGUACAGAUGGUCGCUAAACGGAACACUCAUUGAUCUGGGGAGUGACUACCGGCGUCACAUGUCUGGGGGCAACCUGAUCAUUAACAGUCUGGACAGGGAUGAAGACACAGGGAUAUACCAGUGCACUGCCUUCAACACAUGGGGGACUAUCCUCAGCCGCAGAGCCACUUUACAAUUUGCAUACCUAGAUAACUUCAAGACCCAAACGACACGGAGUGCUGUCAGUGUCCGAGAGGGCCAAGGAGUGGUUUUGUUAUGUGGACCACCCAUGCAUUCUGGAGAGCUGACAUUUGCAUGGAUCUUCAAUGAGUACCCCUACUUUGUCCAGCAAGACAGUCGUCGAUUCAUCUCUCAGGAGACAGGAAGUCUGUACAUCGCUAAAGUGGAGCCUUCUGAUGUGGGAAACUAUACCUGUGUGGUCAACAACAGCAUCACUAAGGGCAAAGUCCUCAGCUCUCCUACACCGCUGGUCCUGAGGAAUGAUGGAGCAAUGGGUGAAUACGAACCCAAAAUAGAAGUUCAUUUCCCUGACACUGUUCCAGCUGCGAAGGGAUCCACAGUGAAACUGGAAUGUUUCGCUCUGGGAAACCCAGUCCCAGAAAUAAGUUGGAGGAGAACCAGUGGCGUCCCAUUUCCCAGUAAGGUUAAGAUGAAGAACUCCAACGCAGUCCUUGAAAUUCCAAAUUUCCAGCAGGAAGACACAGGGACGUACGAGUGUGUGGCAGAAAAUAGCAGAGGCAAAAACGCUGCACGAGGUCGUAUCUCCUUCCAUGCGAAACCCCAUUGGCUCCAGACAAUGAUCGACGGGGCCCUGUCCAUUGAGGAGAACCUGUUCUGGGAGUGUAAGGCUAACGGGAAGCCCAAGCCCUCCUACAGCUGGCUGAAGAAUGGAGACAACCUAAUGGCAGAGGGCCGGGUACAAAUUGAAAACGGGGCUCUCUCCAUAGCAGCAUUAAACCUGUCAGACACCGGGAUGUAUCAGUGUGUGGCGGAAAACAAACAUGGCAUUAUUUAUUCCAGCGCUGAGCUAAUGGUGUUAGCAUCACCUCCCAGUUUCUCCAAGAAUCCACUGAAGGCCCUGCUAAAAGCUUGCUCAGGCAGUAACGUGGCUUUGGAGUGCAAGCCCCAAGCCUCGCCCCGGGCAAUUAGCCUGUGGAAGAAAGGCAAUGAGAUCCUGCAGAGAAACGAAAGGAUUACUCUGCUUCCCAACGGGACACUGAAGAUUGCUAAUGUGACCAGGAGGGAUGCGGGAAGCUACACGUGCAUCGCUAAGAAUCAGUUUGGGACUGCAAGCACCACUGGAAGGCUGUUCAUCACAGAGCCCACCAGAAUCACCCAGAGGCCUGCUAACAUGGAGAUCAUUGUUGGCGAGAGUAUUGUGCUGCCCUGCCAGACAGCCAGCGAUCCAGCCCUGGAUGUCUCUUUCUCCUGGGCCUUCAACGGGCAGCUCAUAGACUUCCACGGGGACGCUGACCAUUUCGACAGAGUAGGAGGGAGCAUCUCAGGAGAUAUGAUGAUUCGUAACAUCCAGCUGAAUCACGGGGGAAAGUAUGUCUGUGUUAUCAACACCGACGUGGAAAGCUUGUCUGCUUCAGCCAUCUUGGUUGUGAAAGGUCCCCCCGGGCCCCCGGACACUGUAGUGGUGGAGGAGAUCACAGAUAGCACGGCCCAGCUCUCCUGGAAACCUGGUAGGGACAACGGCAGCCCUAUCACCGGCUACAUCAUCCAGGUCAGGACACCCUUCACUGUGGGCUGGCAAGCUGUGGACACAGUUCCUGAGGAGAUCAAUGGCAACACGUUGACAGCCACUGUAGUGGGUCUGAAUGCCUGGGUGGAGUAUGAGUUCCGGGUGGUGGCCCGCAACAGUGUGGGCAUGGGAGAGCCUAGUCCAGCCUCAGCCAAGACCAGGACAGAGGAUGCCAUGCCUGAUGCAGCUCCCACUGAUGUUGGAGGCGGAGGCGGCACAAAAUCUGAAUUAGUGAUAACUUGGGAGCCCGUGCCUGAGGAACUGCAGAAUGGAGAGGGCUUUGGUUACAUCAUCGCCUUCCGGCCGCUGGGUGCUGUCACUUGGACGCGAGCGGUCAUCUCCACGCCUGGGGUGGCCCGAUACGUCUUCCGCAACGACACCAUCCCGGCCUUCUCGCCGUUCGAUGUGAAGGUUGGGGCAUACAACAACCGCGGGGAGGGGCCCUUCAGUUCCAUAGCCACAGUGUUCUCCGCAGAGGAAGUCCCAAGUGAGGCUCCUAAGAGGGUUUGGGGCAGGAGUGUGUCUGCAGCUCAAAUUGAAGUGAUCUGGGAAGCCCUCCCCGCCACCCCUGAAAGAGUGCUUGGUUAUGAGGUGGUGUAUUGGGAAGAUGACACCAAGCCUGACACAGUGGGCAAAGUGAGAAUCUCUGCUAACUACUCAGCAGUCAACAUGACUGGACUGAAAGCCAACACACAGUAUUACCUGGCUGUGAGUACCUUUAACACUGCUGGGACAGGGCCACAGUCUACACCCAUCAAUGCCACCACCAAGAAGCCACCACCUGGCCAGCCUCCUCUGAACGUAGAGUGGACCAUGAUUGGCUCUCUGCUCACUCUGCACUGGGAUCCUGUCAUAGCCAUGGAGACGGAGGCAGAGGUCAUCGGUUAUCUUGUGAUGUUGAGAAGACACCGGUAUAAUGAGGUAAACAGCAUCAUAACAAACAAAACCAGGAUGGAGCUGACACUGUCUCCCAACGACAACUACCUGAUCCAGAUCAAGGCCCUGAGUGAUGGCGGUGAAGGUGUGGGCAGCGAACCCAUCCACAUCCACAAAUUAAGCAUGGGCGCACAGGGCUCGGGAGCGUCUCGGCUUAGUCUGCUGUCGCUGUCUCAUCUCUCUGCAGUCCUCGUCAGUGCUCUCGUCCUUCUCAGCUCCUCCUGGUGAUGUCUGGUCACAGUUACAGCCCUCCUACCGGCCCUUCUCUCUCUCCUUCUCCUCUAGGAGCCUGCUCCUGCAUUCACCCUCAGUUGGAAGGGGCAACGGGUGAAACCCUCUGUGGCAGUGCUGGACAGAACAGGAAUUUGAAAUGGGCCAUGCAUUGAGGAUUUCAAUGAUGGACUAAUAGACAACAUGAAUUUGUGUGCAUUAUAUUUGACCGUUUUUCCUCUCAUGUCUCAAGUGCCGUCAUGCUGUAAGUGUUAUUGUUUUGCCAACGGAAUAUACUUCCAUUUGGGAGUAGUGAUGUCUACAUUCUAUAUGUUUGACACUGAUCCUUGAAGAAUACGAAUGCCUUAAAUCCAUGUAGAUACCAAAGUAGUUGACAAAAAAAGGUUUCAUUAUAUUUAUUUCAUUCAUUUAUUGGGUUUUCAGAGGUAAUCUGAGGUUUAAAAUUUUUUUUACCAGGUGGAGGUAUGGUAUGUUCACAUACAUUUGUAAUUGUAGAGCUGCUCAAUGGAGAGAUGUGUUUUGGUUUAUAUGGGUCAGAUGUCCUUUAAUAUAGUAGCUAACUGUAGAUGGCAUCUUGGAUUAUUAUUAUAUUAUUAGUUAGGUAAAAAAAAUACUAACUAAGUUAUGUAACUGACAACAUUCCCAGACUUACUGUAAAUUGGCCACUAUAGCAGAUUAAACCAGUUUUACAUGGUGGGCCGUAUCAUAUACAGUGAGGGAAAAAAGUAUUUGAUCCCCUGCUGAUUUUGUAC